AUCUUUGAAUGGUAAAACAGGAAUGUUUAGAUUUAAGACAACUUUCUAAUAACAAGGGAUCCUAUAAGUCUAAUUUAGAGUUUAAAUCUUGAAUUAACACUAAAAUAUUAAGUUGAUGUAAGGAAUGCACUGUCUAAGAUUGUCUAAAUAUUUGUUGCAAUGUUCUGGUCUGGGAUAUGAUUCUGCGCUUGAUGACUACAAAAUUGUGUUGAUUUCAGAGUUUUCUGACUCCAGAAGGGAUCAUGUUUCUUUUCAAGUUUGGGUUUUUGGUUUGAAGUCAAAUUCUUGGCAAAAGAAUCAAGAUGCUCCACUGGUAACGGAUGAUCGUAUCUCAUUUGAGGGUGUAUUUACAAAUGGUGCUCUGCAUUGGGAAUGUGAUGGUUAUAUACUUGGUUUUGAUCUUGCAAAUGAGGUAUUCUUCAAACUACCAGGUAACCUUUAUACUUCUAGAAUAACUGCUAAGGGUAGAGCUGUUGAGUUUUACAUUUUUGUGAGUGAUAAUGGUGGACAAGGAGCUGGAGGUAGUUGGAAGAAAGCAUUUGCACUAGAGGCAGAGGAGAUUAUUGGGAAUGCUGAGGUUUGCUUUCCUUGGCCUCUGGCAUGUUCAAAGGGGAGAGAUAGCAUUUUGCUUUAUAAAAGCGAUGGACUUAUUUGGUAUGACCUUGAAAAUGAAGCAAGACAAAGGGUGGAGAUUGGUGGCAUGCCUUGGGUCCAGGGUCGGAUGUACAGGUACCAUGCUUGUUGCGCAAGUCUUGUUUCUCUUGGCGAUGGCAGUGCAUUUGAUGGGGCAGCUCUGGAGGAAAUCCUAAUAGUUGGGCCCAAAAAAAAAGGGAAAUGCUAAUUGGUGAAGUUAGUGGAAUAAUCUAAAGCAGACUUCUUUAUCAGGGUUCAAGUUUUCAGACUAGUAGCUGUUGCCAUACAUAAACUAGUAGUAAAAUGGACAUGUUUCUGGUUACAAAGAAUGAUAAUUAAUAUUUCAAUGGUAUUCCAUGUCAAUCCCAGUUUUGUUUUGCCCUUUUCCUUGUAAAUCCUAGUCUGUAGGCUUUCAAGUGGGAUUUUGCAACGUUUGAAAUGGAGUGUGGGAAAUUCAAACUAGAAGCCUUGGUUUUCAAGAAUUUCUAGUUGAUGUAAUUAAUCCUUUUUAUAAUUUAGACAUGAAGUUGCAGCUUCAUCUUCCAUGAGUAUUUGUUUCUUAUCUAUGUGUUCAUGUGAUACUCUGCUUUAAAUUGGCAUGUUUGAAAAAUUUGGCAAUGCAUGUUGUAUAUGCACAUCAAAUGCUUAGGAAAUCUUGCAUCUUUUAAUGUAGUCCAAUUAUCUAAGUCUUGUUUGGUCCUAGAUUCCGCCUACAUAAGUGAGUCCCUCAUUUACUUGAUAAAUAUGGCUGCUUUAGUGUCUGUCGUGUCAUUCAGUUACUUGAAUGAUGCAUCAUUUGUUAAAUUUGUCAUACAUCUUGGUCCCAAGAACAAUGAAAUGGGGUUUCCCCA